GCACAGAAAAAGGAGAGGGAAAAAGAAGAAGAGAUCCCAAACCCUCCCAAACCCCGUCUCUCAUUCUCAACCAUGGCUUCCCUCCUGCGCCGCCGCCCCCGCCCCCACCCGCUCCCCGCCGGCGUCCCCUCCCACCUCCUCUGCCGCUUCUCCGCGCUCCCCCAAGUCGAUCACCCGCCGCCGACCUCGGCCCCGACCUCCACCACGCCGGCCUCCACGCGCGCCUCCGUCCUCGACCUCCAGCUCGCCGUCCGCGGCGAGGCCGACCCGGCCCGCAUCCACUCCCUCGUCGCCGGAGCGCUCUCCAACCCCAGCGAGUACCCGCGCCUCCACGCCUCGCGCCCGCUCUUCUCCCUCGCCGCGUCCCGCCUGGCCCGCCUCCGCCGCCCCGACCUCGCCGCCUCGCUCCUCCACACACUCCUCGCCUCCGCGCCGCCGUCCGCCGGCCUCCUUGCCCGCGCCAUCUCUCUCUUCCCGGGCCCCGAGGAUGCCCUCCGCGCGUUCUCCGACUCCGCGCCCUCCGCCCGCUCCGAUGUCUCCCUCUCGGCGCUCCUCUCCGCUCUUCUCCGCGCCGGUCGCGUUGAGGAAAUCAAGUCUACCGUCGCCUCUGCGGAGUCCUCCUUUGGCUUUGCCCCUGGCCGCGCCUCCCACAACGUGCUCCUCCAUGCUCUGGUGAAGAACUCCGAGCUCGCUGCUGCCCGCAAACUGCUCGCCGAAAUGUCCAGCAAGAAGCUGAAGCACCGCGCAGCCCCUGACAUCGUAUCAUACAACACCGUCCUCGCUGGCUACUCAGCACAGGGUUACGAGCAGGGUUUUGAGAAGCUACUGAAGGAGAUCAAUGUGAAAAAGCUGGAGCCGAAUGUUGUGACUUACAACUGCCGGAUACACUGGUUUGCCAAGAAGGGUGAAACCUUCAAGGGGGAGGAGUUGCUUGAUGUCAUGGAGUCAAAGCAUGUGGCGCCGAAUUACCUUACCUACAAUGCACUUGUGCAGGGGUACUGCAAGGAGGGUAAUGCUGGGGCCGCUAUGAGGGUGUUCAAGAGGAUGAAAGUGAUGAAGAGGAGGGAGGGGAGGAGUGACUUGGGGGUGUCAGCUCAUUCACAGACGUAUGUGGUGCUGUUCAGGAGCCUGGUGGAGAAAGAGAGGCUUGAUGAUGCCCUGUGGGUUUGCAAGAGCUGCUUUGCGAUGAAGGCAGCACCACCGUUUGAGGCAGUCAAGGGUUUGGUUGAGGGGUUGGUGAAGGGUGGGAGAUCUGCAGAGGCAAAGGAUGUUGUUGCCAAGAUGAACUUUCUCGUGAAAGGCGAUGCUAAAGUGGCUUGGGAGAAGAUUGUUGGUGAAUUGUCUCUUGAAGAAGGAACACCUAGCUCAAAGCCAUGAUAUGUUUGAGUCGCAUGUCACUAUGUUGCUUCUGAUUAAUUCAUUUGUUUUGGCCCUUGAAUAACGAUGAUGAAGGACUUCCACAGGGGAUUUAGUUUUGUUGUCAUGUUGUCAUGGGGCUGUUUUUUCCAAUGUCCAAUGGUUAUAUCAGAAAUCAGAAUGUAACUGAUGAAUCUAUGAAGUGGAAUUUAAGAUGUGACUUUUCUUAACCCCUUCAAUGUAAGAACCUCUUUCUUCUCUUUUUAAUAACAUUUGAAAAUGAUGUUUAAACAUUUUCUGAAAUUCUAAUGGGCUCAUGUUGCCAUGUACUAUCAAUCGCUGUAACAUACUAACAUGUUUUUUGCACUUCAGAAUAAUGGAAAGAUAAUGGUAUGUUUGAUCUCUGCCAUAAGAAAUUAACU